GCUCGCCAAAGUGUUGCAUUAGAGCUCGCUCCCUCGCUCAGCUUUCAUUCCCAGUCUCCCCCAUCCCUAGUCACCAUGGCCUCCUCCUCCUCCUCCUCCUCCACAUCAUCAGACCUCGUCACCCUCUUCGUGCAUAGCCCCACAACGCACGUCUCCUCAGAACGACGUCUCCCCUUCAACUCCUCCCUCUCCUCCCUCCAAUCCGGGCCUCGCGGCUUGGAAGGCAUAACCGGCCUCUCCCCCUCGCAACAACGUCUCCAACUCUGGUCGACCAGUACAGCCAGCGGCUCGAGCGAUGCUCGCCUGCUAUGGGAUUCUGCCGAUUCCACCUUUGGCCUGGAUAGGGAGAGGGUCACCCUUGCUAGCCUGGGAGCAAGAGAUGGCAUGGGCCUGAAGGUGUUGGACGCCUUAGGUCGAAUGGGGGAUAUAGGCAUUGAGGAGGAGGAAUUGGCGCCGGAGCAGAGGUUUGAGAUGACGGAUGAAGAGUAUCGUGCGAGAGGGGAUACGGUACUUGCUUACAAGCAGAGGAUGAAGUUGGGACGAUUCGCGCCUGAGGCUGCGACUGCGGGCGAGUCAGCAGGAGCGACAGCAGCAGCAGCGCUGGACCUACCAUCGCUUGGGGCACGAUGCGAGAUCCAAGACGCUACACCACCCCGUCGACGCGGCACUGUUCGGUACGUGGGUCCAGUCACAUUCCCCUCGGCCACUUUCUCAGCAUCAUCCGCAUCAACACCAGCACAACCAUCAGCUCAGCCCUGGAUCGGCGUUGAGCUCGACGAGCCGCUAGGCAAGCACGAUGGAGCCAUAGCUGGUCCGGGGGGUCAACGCUACUUCACUUGCGCGGCAAAGCAUGGUGCAUUCGUGCGAGUGGAGAAGGUCAAAUGGGGGGAGGAGUACGCGAUAAGGGAGUUGGAGGAUGAGCUCGAGUUGACUGAUGAGGAGGGGGAUGAGAUGUAGGCGCGGGCGCGAGAGGGUGGGUACUACACUAAUUGUGAUUCUUCUUUUCAUCCACGUGAGAGAUGCUUGCUGAGACGAGAUAAUGAGCAAGAGAGGGGAGAGAGAAAGAGAGAAAGGAUGGGUAUGAAGAUGGUCGUGGUGAUGGUGAUGAUGAUAGGGGCGGGAAGUGUUUCGCGUGGGCUACAUUAGUGAUUCGUGAAUCGUCAUUGUCGUUGUCGUCUCGAGGCACUCGCGCGCCUACGACCAGUGGAACAGCACUCGCUUGAGCUGCUCAGCGCUGAAGCUCUUAGAAUACUCCCACCACAUCAAGCCAGCCUUCCAGCCCUCCUUCUCAGCCUCCUGCGCACACUUGCCCAGGUCGUGCUUCGAGACGUACCCGUUGGCCGCG